UGUGCUCUCUCCCUUUUGCUCUCUAUCACCGCCUUUCAAAUCUUUAAAAGCCGCUGCUUGCCGUUCCUCACUCGUUCUCGGUUUGUAUCCUCUGGCACUGCAGGGGACUCCCGGCUCUCAGCCUCACUAAGCUGAAAAGCGAGCAAAGAAACAGAGAGGGGAAAGAGAAAUAGACUUCCAGAAAUAGCAUCAGCCACGUACGACACAACUGAGCAUGGAGAACCUGAGACCCGGACGCAAGAUGUCCUUCCUUUCCAACUUGACCCCCGUUGUCCUGUUGCUGAUCGUCCACUGCGGAUCCUGGUCUUUGGCGGGUCACUUGGGCCCCAACAAAAACUGUCAGACCUGCAAAGAUGGGCACUCCUUGUCUGUGGGCCGGACCUCCAGGGACCCGGCUGGGGUGCCCAGCACAAAUGGGUUGGCAUUGGGGGAGCCCUGUGGGGUUUACACCCUGAGCUGCGCCAAGGGGCUUCGCUGUGUACCCCCUCCACGUGAACACAGCCCCCUUCAAGCUCUGCUGCAGGGCAGAGGCUCCUGCACCAAACAGAGCAAAACGAGUCCCACCGAGAGGCCCCGCCCCACAGGGCCACAUCCUUCAAACAGUGGUGAAAUAGAAAAGGCUCCAUGUCGUAAGCUGCUCAACUCUGUCUUGCGUGGUCUCGAACUCACCAUUUUCCAGUCGGAUCGGGACAUCUACAUCCCAAACUGUGACACUCGUGGUUUCUACAGGAAAAAGCAGUGUCGGUCCUCUAAGGGCAUGCAUCGUGGCCACUGCUGGUGCGUCGACGAGAUGGGCAACACAGUGCCAUCACGUGCCGGGGAGGAUGGCAUUUUACCAUGUAAUGGAGAGUGAGGGGAGCGACUGCCCCACAGCUCUGAGCCUGGAGGAGGAGGAGGAGGAGGAGG